UUCCCUUACUUCCAUCCCUGACCAGCAGGGGGCGGUAGAGAUGUCCCCAACCAGGCGGAAACAGUAGAAGAAGAACUUUCUAUGUGAAUCUGCUGAAUGAACCUUUGAGGAAUAGGAAUCUCCAGUCCUAAAUUACAUUUUAUUUGUUUGUGAGGCUCGCAUUUAGGGUUCGUUAUGUCCGGGAUACCUCCAGAUACAUGGCAGCCGCCCACUGUUGCUCUGGAAACCACGAUGGGGACACUUGUGGUGGAGCUGUACUGGAACCAUGCUCCAAACACAUGCAAGAACUUUGCAGAACUGGCCAGGAGAGGAUACUACAACGACACCAGGUUUCACCGGAUCAUUAAAGACUUCAUGGUCCAGGGUGGAGAUCCUACAGGAACAGGUCGAGGAGGCGCAUCCAUAUUUGGGAAACAGUUUGAGGAUGAGCUACACCCAGAGCUCAAGUUCACAGGUGCUGGAAUUCUAGCGAUGGCUAACGCCGGACCGGACACCAACGGGAGUCAGUUCUUCCUCACGCUCGCUCCCACUCAGUGGCUGGACGGAAAGCACAGCAUCUUCGGCAGAGUGUGUCAGGGCAUGGGCGUGCUGAACCGCAUCGGGAUGGUAGAAACCGACAGUCAGGACCGUCCCACCGAUGACAUAAGGAUUCUUCGAACCACUUUGCCUAUUUAGACCUUAUUUUUUGUAUCUCUUUUUUUUUCAUGAAUCCUCAGUAUAUUUUUUAAUAAAUGUCUCAUAAAUGUGUAAAUA